AUUGUGCUGUCGCAAUCCUUUGCCAAGAACAUGGGACUCUAUGGUGAACGUGUCGGAGGCCUCACUGUCGUGUGCAAAGAUGCAGAGGAGGCAAAGAGGGUGGAAUCUCAACUCAAGAUCCUCAUCAGGCCCAUCUACUCCAACCCACCAGUGAAUGGUGCCAGAACUGCAGCAACUAUUCUCAACACGCCAGAGCUGCGCUCACUGUGGCUGGAGGAGGUCCAUGGUAUGGCUAACCGCAUCAUCAAGAUGAGAGAGCAGCUGGUGGCUGGUUUGAAAAAGAAUGGCUCCUCCCACAACUGGCAGCACGUCAUCGACCAGAUCGGGAUGUUUUGCUUCACAGGACUCAAGCCAGAACAGGUCGAGCGCUUGACAAAAGAGUUCUCAGUGUACAUGACCAAGGAUGGCAGAAUUUCCAUGGCAGGUGUGACCUCUGGAAACGUGGGCUACCUUGCAGACGCGAUCCACGCAGUCACCAAGUAGAGUGGAUCCCGCUGGGAGAGCAGCAAAAAUCAGAAGGAGCAGCACUAAAGAGGAGCUUCAAGCGUCAUUUAUUCUGUCUCCUUCAUUCCACCUUUAGAAAACUUCCUCCUUUUUUUUUUUUCUUUUUU